AAUGAUUCAGCUAGAGAUUCAAUAUUUUAGUCUCAAUAGAAUUCUAUUGCUCAUUAUCGGUUUGUGGCCCUAUCAACAAUCUAAACUUACACGAUUUCAAUUUAUUUUCCUUUCUACUAUUCUGACAGCGGGUAUUAUAUUUCAGUUGACAACGCUAAUAACAUCAAAAUAUUGUGCCUCAAAUCUCAUUAAGAUUCUGUCUUCCGCAUCUUACUUUAUUCUUACUUUCAUAAAAUAUAAUUUCUUCUUCAUCAACAUUGAAGCUGUAAAGGAGUUAUUAAUGCAACUUAAGAAUAUAUACAAUCAAGUAAAAGAUAAAAACGAAAUUGCUAUCAUAGAAGAACAUAGUUACGCUGCAAGACGUUAUACGUUUAUACUUACAAGUAAAGCAAUAUUCUCAGAUCUAGGCUUACAAUUAUUAUUCAAAGUGUAA